AUGCCGGCUUCGCCAAGUAGUUCAAGCUCAAUAUCGUCAACUUCUUCAACCUCGUCGUCUUCACCAUCGGAAUCUGAUUCCGACGAGAAUACCAAGUUGUCCAUGACUAGUUCGGUACAUCGUAGGUACUCAUAUUCCAAUAUACAUGAUAAUGGACGACAGCGACUACAUGCGGCAAAGAAGAAGGAAUAUGAGGCGAAGAUGUCCGCCUUUGACGAGCUAAUCCAAAAGAGGCGUGGAAGCACAUUGUCAAAAAUAGCCUUGGCACCUGAUGUACCCACAAAUCCGUUUCUCUCAGUUCAUGAUAGUAAUGUUGUUGACAUAUCACAUGAUUGGGAUGAUCAAGACUUUUGGUCUGGACCAACACUUUUAUGUUAG